AUUUCAAUUCUAACUACAAGAUGAGCAGCAGAGAGGGAAAGGCUGGUAGACGAAGUGACUCUGUUUGGUCGCAUUUUAGCAAAAGUUGGACAGACGAAAAACAUUAUGUUGUGAUAUGUAUCCAUUGCAAGCAACGUGUGAGUGCAAAGGUGGAUAGGCUACGAAGACACUUAAGAAAAUGUAUAUGUAGCCAUGGCUUUAAAUCAGAUUUUGAGGGAACAGAAGGUUCUCCUGUGCCCAGCACCAGCUGUAGUGAUGCUCAGACGUUUGCCACUGACAGCCCUUCACAAUCAACAAAUGUAGAUCCUUCAUCCUCACAUCUGUCUCCAAUGUGGAAAAUGGAAAAUGUUCUUAUUGAUAGUAAGGAUUCCCCACACUCCCCGUCCGCAAUGGCGAACCAACAGUACUGCCUCAAGUGGAACAACCACCAGUCAAAUCUAUUGCGAGCAUUUGACCGGCUCCUCCAGUCAGAGUCAUUUACUGAUGUAACUCUGGCUUGUGAGGGGAAAUCACUCAGAGCACACAAGGUGGUAUUGUCAGCAUGCAGCAGUUACUUUGAGCAGCUUUUUGAAGAGCACCCUGAUAAGUCCCCCAUCAUUAUUCUGAAGGAUAUGAAAUUCACCCAUGUUUCACAGCUGGUGAAUUUUAUGUACAGAGGUGAAAUAAAUAUUACUCAGGAUAUGCUUUCUGGUUUAUUGAAGACAGCAGAAACCCUGAAAGUAAAAGGCUUGGCAGAAGUUUCAGGUGAUCAGCCAGCACAAGUUGCUAACCCAAUGCCACCCAUUUUGCGGCUAGCAGCAUCUUCCCAUGGCCCCCGUUUUGUUACUCAAGAAAUGUUGCAACAUUCCCGGCAGGCUUCGCUUCCCCAGAUGGUGCCACCCAAUAGCUCUCCGUUAACCACAGCCCUCAACGCCCCCAUGGUAGCGCCUCCCACACUUGCUCCUCUUGCAGCUCUUCUUAACCCAGAGAGUAUGGGUUUAGAUGAAAGAAGAGUAAAUCUCUUGAAACGCAUGAGCCAAGACCAUGAGCCAAGCAGUGGAGGAGGAGGGGGAGGAGGAGGAGCUGCAGCAGCAGCAGCAGCAGCAGCAACUGGUGGUGGGAGUGGUGGAGGGGGAGGUGGAGGUUCAGUCGCUGGAACCACUCAGAGCACUGCAAGUCAUGAGUCUACACCAAAAAUGCCACGCAGAGAGACCGAGGAAGAAUCAGGAAGUCAGCAAGUUCCACACGCAUCCUUAUUCAUGAGUCCCCAAGAGCAGCCAGCCAAGCAACCAGUUGCAAAUGUUCUAACACCCAUCCCACAUGAACUGACAGUGAACGCACAGCAAGAGCUACCUGACUUUUUGAAGAAUUACACCAUCUUUAGACUGAAUGACUACUUGGGAUUCCGAACAAGACAGCAGUUUUGGGAAGAGCCAGCAGUACGACGCAUACUAGAGGGAAUUAAAAACAAGGAGAUAGAUAUGAAGAGUGCAGCUGAACUUCUUGGUGUAUCAUAUGGAACUUUGUAUGGCCGUUAUCGUGAAGUGUUUGGAUAUCUUAAACAUUCUUGGGUGAACAAGCCAGGACGCACUCCAGGAUCUGGGCAGAAGGAGCGAUCUAUUUGGGAAGAGUCUCGUGCACAGGAACUUAUACAGCGUGUCCUCAACAAGGAGCUUUCACUCACUGCAGCAGCUGUAAGACUUGGCGUAGACACAAAUACUUUCUUUGCACACCUGACAGACAAUGGCAAGAACAAAAGUCGCGUUGCACUUCUCCUAGGCACAGACAACAGUAGUUCAGAAAAUACAUUCGGCAAUGUUAACCACAGUGAGGAUUCAAAUUCUGCCAAUGCUGCUGUGGAUGCUGUUGGAGAUGAUUCUAACCCUCCUGAAAACAGUGGUGGUUUAGUAAGUGAAGACAGCAAUAUGGAAAGCAUUGCCGAGAAUUCUCAUAAUGGGUCUGAGGUUAAUGGGGAAAAGGAUGAUAGUGAAGAACCAGAGAUUAUAGAUGACUCAAAUACAACAGUAAGGUCCUCAGAACACAUAACAGCGUUAGAAGAAAUAACGGUGGAAGGAAAUGAAGGAGAUGACCAAGGUAUCUCUGAUCAAGGUAGUACUGAUCAACCGAUGGAAUCAUUCCAGUCCAUGGUUGAGGAGGAAUCGGGGAACAUGUAUACAGAGACAACCUAAGAUAGGGAUGAAGAAGAAACCAGGCACAAAAAUCCAGCUGAUUGUCCUAUGUUUGUAUCUGAUGUGAGCUUUAAGGUCAGUUCUGAUUAGUGUAGGAGCAAACAUGGCUUAACCUCAGUAAAGUCAGCCAUGAUUCAGUAGGAUGUUAGAUGUAAAGGUUUCUCUAACCUCAAAGAUAACAAAUUUGCAGCGAGUUGUGAGGGCUAUUAACUACUCAAAAGAAGUGUUGGCUUUAGUGACGGAAAUGAAAACUAUAUAAAAGGAAAAGGGAGAGGUGAAAUAUGACCUGCUUGAUUGCAGUGAUGCUAGUAUGUCAAGUAUUUCUUUAUGACAGAGUUGGUUUUGGAAGAGUAUUGAAUGGAUAUAUUAAAUUAGCCAGUUUUCUGUGUUUGUUUUGUUUCAAGAUCUUUUGUCUUUCUAAAAAUAAAUACUGAAUGAACCUCCUGAGGCAUUACUGUGAUGCCAUAGUUAGUUAUGGUACAAGUAAAGGUACAAGGCUAGGAGAUUAGUACAUGGAGUAUUGUAGGCUCUUUUGGAGUAAAAAAGAAACUAAAGGUUCCUUGCAGUAGAUACUGAUGCUAAGGUUACAUUAUUGAUCUUAGAUUUCAUGGAAGAACAGUCAUAGAAGGAUUCACAGCAGUACAUAUAAUUCUACUUGAUCACCUUUUCAUUGUCUGAAUGAAUCUUUUAUAUAUUUUUUCUUCUUCUUCUUCUUCUUCUUCUUCUUCUACUUCUAAUUUUGAUGCUAAAUUAUUUACAUUUAUAGAAACAUCCAUUGGAAAUUUGUACAAAAAUAUAAGAUAUAUAUUAUGACGCAGGUAAACUUACAUGGGACUUGUGUUUUCUGCAUAUAUCUGUCAUUUAGAUCAUUUAGACCUAUCAUAUGCACAAUGUUUUAUUAUCAGUAAUUAUUUGAUAAAUAUUUUAUCUCAUGUGGGUAUAAUUUCCAUGACAGCAUAGAACUUCCAAACCCUCCAGGUUUCUGAAAAAAAGGAAUUUUCAAGUUUCACCAAAGUAAAUUUUUGGUGUAGGCAUUUAUGCAUUAGAAAAUGUAUAUUUCAUUGGUAUAUUUCAAAUAUAAGUGUCAGUAGAGUGCAAAGCUGAAAAAGUAAUCACAGUUACUCCUUGGUCAUGGAUGAAAAUGGGAAAAGAUUAUUAUGAUUAUGUAAAUACAACACAUAAAGAAAAAAAAUUAUCAUAUAAAAUAAUGUGUAUUUAGAUGUAUUUAUAUGUAUGCAGAUGUGUAGAUAGUAAAGAGACGAGGAUAUUCCAGGAGAUAACUGUGGUAGUAACAGCAUUGUAUAUAGAAGGCAGUAUAAGAAGAGGAAAAGAUAUCAGGUUUGGCUGGAAGAAAUAUGGUAUACAGUACCAGAACUAUUACUUCACACUCACUACACUUCCUUCACAAGAGGGCAGGCAAACAUGGUUGUGUAGUUAGCCUAGGCAGAGAAGGACCUUCAAAUUGAGGAGUAGCAUGGUGGUGAUAUUGUGGGUGUGGCUUUAGAAGACUCGCCGGAGAGUAUCAGAUAUGUUAGUGGAAACUAUUUGUCUCAAAACAAAAAACUUUGGGGAAGAAAUUCCACCUGUUUUUGACAGGCCUACCACAGCCAUUACAAAUGGGAUUGUACCCAUCUUGCAGUUAUCCUGAGUAAUGGUGAAUAGGACUGAAAGAGUUAGUAAAUAAAUCUAGUGGGUGGACUACUUUACUACAUGGAAGUUUGCAACUGUAUUGUGCAUCAAAUGUCAGCCAUGUGACUUAAGGUUCUUUUCUGUGUUUAUAUAUAAGUUAAAGUACAAAAUGUUAUAUUGAUUACCAGUGGUUAUCUGUGUAGAUAUUGAUAAUUUGUGGUUAAAAAUGCUAGAAAAUCAAAUAAUGACUGUCAAAACGACUAUAACAUCAGUUUGGACAAUUAAGGAGGUGAAUUACUAAGUAGGAUUAUAUAUGUAUCUUGCCAUGAAUCUUACUAAGAUACCUUGUGACCAAAACUUGGUUGAAAAAUGAAAGCUAAGGUCAGAACAGAAGAAACAUUAAAUACCAAGUGCCAUUAUAAAAUUGGUCACUGAAGGAGGCAGCUUGUAUUUCUUUUAUAUCCAGCAGAAUGAUAACCAUCACCAUAUAGGACAGUUUUCAUUUUGAAAGAAGUGGCCAGAGCCCAAAACAGUUCUCUAUUCUCUUUUUGUUCUUUUUUCUUGUUCUGUGGUACCAUAUGAUGAAGUUAAUCAGCAGUUAUAAUUAAUAUAAUGAGUAGUUUUGACAACAUCUACCCAUAAAGUAUUUUCUCUAUGCAUCAAGUUUGAGUUUCCAGAAAAGCACAAGAGCCUUGAUAACAUCGCAGAAGCAUUCAGUCUCUUUAAGUCCAUCUCUAGCUCCUCUCUUAAGCAACCUUCUGCAACAUUCUCAGUCUCUAUUACACACAUCCAUCUUUGUUAUUAUUUGUAAAACAAAUUUUAUCAGAAAAAAAAUCAAGUAAUUAUUAGUCAGUUCUGCAUGAGACACCAUAGUUGCAUCAUUUUAAUUUUCUAUUGUGAUGUCAUUAGAGCAUCCUGCAUUUUCUGGGAUGCAAUUUUGUAUGCACAUUUGGCUAGGUGGCUGGAUGCACUUUAAGGGCAAUUUCUGUCAAAACUGCUUAUCAGACUAAAUUCACUUGAUAGCCUUUAUCAGAUGAUACCAAAAUAGAUCCUGGUAAAAUGGGAUGGGCCAUCCCCUUUACAUUUUAGAGAUAUGAAAUUUAUAUAAAUGAUAGAAAAUUUGGCAUUGCAUGUCUGUAAAAUGAAGACAUCAUAAUUUCCCAUCUUUCUCCCUUGUUCCUCAUAUCUUUCUUCUUUUUCCUCUCCCUGUUAAUCUCUUUCUCUCCCUUUCCCUCUCCCCCUCUCCCUCUCCUCCUCUCCCUCUCCCCCUCUCCCUCUCCCCUCUCUCUCUCU